AUGGCGGGUAUGGUCAUUUUGAUUACUAAAUCAUCUGGUACAAGACUGCUGAUGACAUUGUCUGCUGCUUUGAUAGAAUCUGCCUUUACUGCGCUCAACGUCACCAGGACAACAGUUUUAUUUAUAACUUUAGCUAGUUCACUUGUUACCUGUCAACUCACCAAGGACGAAUUAAUCAAGAAAGGGGACGAACUCAGCACAAAACUAAACACCAUAAUCGCUAUACUGAAACGCAACGACCCUGCUAAAAACAAACAAGCUAUUGACCGGUGGGGCGUACACCUGAGCAACCUGGACCAGGCGCUAUACUUAUAUAAACAACCUGGCUUACCACCCAAAACCGAACAACAAUUCAUGGACCAAGUAAAAAGUGUGAUUGGUCAAAUUGAGUACGAAUUGUCCAUGUACCCUAUGCCCACUGAUAAGCCCACUGUUGCACCCACCGACCAACCUGGCCCACAUACUGAUCCACCAACUGACCCACCGACUGAUAAGCCUACUGAUCCCCCUACUGAUGCGCCAACUGGUCACCCUACUGACCAGCCCACCGUAGCCCCGAUUCCAACCAUUAAACCCCCUGAAACUUGCGUAGAUAUUAAAGCAAAGUUACAGCUUGUACAAGUUUUUCUUGCAAUCGGCAUCAGACAGGCAUAUCUUGUGAUCGCUAGGAACGCACCGUUGGUUAUCGCACUUGAAAUAUAUACCGUAGGCGUAACAGUUGACAUCUUGGUAACACUCGGCCACGGGACCAGGCAUGUCCAAUUUACACUGGCCAUUUACGCACUGAUGUACCACACCCUGUACGGUACACUCUUGGUCAAAUGUACACCUAUAAGUUGGGUUAGUAACUAUUGGUUAUAA